UUUUUAUACUUUAUAGUACACGGAGCGUACUGAAAUUUCUGUAUUCGAAAGUACUCUUUGCGUUUUUGUGGGACUGUACUGCAUUCUUGUCAGAGCUGUGGGAUAUCUUAGCUCCUGCCGUCUUUACAACAAGUCUCCCUGUUCUUGUUUCCAACUGAACUCGCCAUGGCGGACAUUCAAACUCUCAAGGAUAUCGCCAACCGUCUGCGAAUCUACAGUAUCGAAUCAACGACAGCAGCCAAGUCUGGCCAUCCGACAUCAUGCAUGUCGGCAGCAGACAUCAUGGCGGUGCUUUUUCACCAUGAGAUGCGCUACGACGUGAGCAUUCCCCGUGGUGCCAACAAUGACCGCUUCAUCCUGUCCAAGGGACAUGCCGCUCCUAUCUUGUACGCAGCCUGGCAUGUGGCUGGCCACCCCGGAGUGACUCACGAUGACCUGCUGCAGCUCAGGAAGAUGGGACACAUUCUGGAGGGACAUCCCACUCCACGUAUUGAUUUCGUUGAUGUAGCCACCGGAUCUCUGGGACAGGGUCUGAGUGUUGCUGCUGGCAUGGCUUAUACCGGCAAGUACUUCGACAAGUCUGACUACCGUGUGUAUUGCAUGAUGGGUGAUGGCGAGUCUGCUGAGGGCAGUGUAUGGGAGGCUGCUGCCUUCGCUGGCCACUACAAGCUCAACAACUUGGUCGGCAUCAUCGAUGUCAACCGUCUUGGCCAGUCUGACCCCGCCGCUCUGCAGCACGACACUGAGGCUUACAAAAUGCGUCUGCAGUCGUUCGGCUGGAAUGCCAUUGUUGUGGAUGGCCAUGACAUCGCUGCUCUCGUGGAGGCAUUCAAGCAGGGCCGUGACUGCACCGACAAGCCAACAGCGCUCAUUGCCAAGACGUUCAAGGGCUACGCUCAUGACAACGCCGCCGCUGGCAUCUCCGAUGAAUUGAACUGGCACGGCAAGCCACUGGGUGACCGCGGUGCCGAGAUCAUUGCCAAGAUCAAGGAGAACACCAACAUGGAAGCUUUCAUUGCUCCAGCCAAGCCAACCAGCACUCUCAGUGAGAAUGAGGAUGCCGAGAUCAAGUUGUCCGCUCCACCAGCCUACGGUGCUGAUGAAAAGGUUGCGACACGUGUUGCCUACGGCACAGCGCUGAAGAAGCUGGGUCAGAGCAGCAACCGCAUUGUGGCCAUGGACGGCGACACCAAGAACAGCACUUUCGCCAUCACCUUCCAGAAGGAGUUCCCCGACCGCUUCAUUGAGUGCUUCAUUGCUGAGCAGAACCUUGUCGGCGUUGCCACUGGCUGUGGAUGCCGCAAGCGCACCAUUCCGUUUGCCAGCACCUUUGCUGCUUUCUUCUCUCGCGCCUAUGACCAGAUCCGAAUGGGUGCCAUCUCGCAGGCUAACAUCAAGCUGGUCGGCUCUCAUGCCGGUGUCUCCAUUGGUGAGGACGGUCCAUCUCAGAUGGCUCUUGAGGAUCUGGCCAUGUUCCGUAGCAUUCCUACUGCCACCGUGUUCUACCCGUCCGACCCAGUGUCCAUGGAGCGUGCUGUGGAGUUGGCCGCCAACACCGAAGGCAUUGUCUUCAUCCGCAGCAGCCGCCCCGCUCUGCCACUCAUCUACACUGACAUGAACGAGACCUUUGCUGUUGGCAAGAGCAAGGUGGUGAAGUCCACUGAGAGCGACAAGGCCUUGCUUAUCGGUGCUGGCGUCACGCUGGCGGAAGCCGUCAAGGCACACGACACCCUGGCUGCCGAGGGCAUCAAUGUGCGCGUGCUCGAUGUCUUCUGCGUCAAGCCCAUUGACAAGGAGCUCAUCAUCUCUUCUGCCCGUGCAGCUGGAAACAGAAUUAUCACUGUGGAGGAUCAUUAUCGCGAGGGCGGUAUUGGAAGUGCUGUUGCUGAGGCUGUGUGCGAAGAAGCCGGCAUCACACUGCAGAUCCUGGGUGUCAGCCGUGUGCCUAGCAGUGGACCCGCCGCUGUUCUCAUUGAUGAGCACGGUAUCUCAGCUGCCAAGAUCAUCGCUGCUGUCAAGAAAUCCAUGGCUUAGAGACCAGUGGCCUUUUGCUCUGUGGCACGUAGGGUCUCUCUUUCUAUUUGUUACAAAAAAAGAUUUUCACACUUCUUGCUUUGAAGUUGUUCAGCACCUUUUUGCUCUUGUUUCCUAAGCUUUCCGGUGUUUGUGCCAGUCACCGGUGACCAUGGUGACCACUAAGCAAUUUCAUUGGGUUGCCAUUUUACUUUACUUUCCUUCAUAUUCUUCAUGUUUACUCCUAGGAAUGCGUGCUCCUCUCCUCUCACCUUUUCACGAUUCACGACUACCUCGUACCCAGUCCUGCUGUGAUCUGGUAUGUAGGGUUAGGGACGGCUGCAUAUUGCUGCACAGCUUUCUUUUUAUUCCCGUACUUAAGAAUAGCAGAUCUCAAGAAGGAA